AUGCGCAUGUGGAGUCCCAAAGAGAAUCCACACAGAGCCAGUCAGAGGGGACGGCUGCUGGGAAGCCAAUCAGAGCGCCCGAGCCCGCAGCCCCUCUGCAGUAGUUAUGCCAGAGCGCCCAGUGUAGAGCGGCCGCGAGCGGGCAGCAGGACUGGGCUGCUGGGAGCCAUCGCACCGGCUCCGCACCCUCCUCUCGCGCGGGUCCCGCCAGGUUCCCACGCCGUGCUGCCCCAGUCGCCCCCACCGCGCUCCACGCCGCAGCCCGCACCCCACCGGCUAGAGGCCGUGCGACCGCCGCCGCCGCCCCCCAGCCCUGCUGGGUGGCGGCACGGCUCUCGCUCCUCAGGGCCACUGCCAGGCUUGCCGAGUCCUGGGACUGCUCUCGCUCCUAUUGCCACUCUCCCGCGCUCUCCUAGCCCCCCACGAAGCAGGAUGGCCGGGACCGUGCGCACCGCGUGCUUGGUAGUGGCGAUGCUGCUCAGCUUGGACUGCCUGGGACAGGCGCAGCCACCGCCGCCUCCGGACGCCACCUGUCACCAGGUCCGCUCCUUCUUCCAGAGACUGCAGCCCGGACUCAAAUGGGUUCCUGAAACCCCUGUGCCAGGAUCAGAUUUGCAAGUAUGUCUCCCCAAGGGCCCAACAUGCUGCUCAAGAAAGAUGGAAGAAAAAUACCAACUGACGGCGCGGCUGAACAUGGAACAACUGCUUCAGUCUGCGAGCAUGGAGCUCAAGUUCUUAAUUAUUCAGAAUGCUGCGGUUUUCCAAGAUCCAGCUAGACAUGGCAGCGGUACCGGUGGUAGUGGUAGCAGUAGUAAGGAGCGCUUAGAUAGCUCUGUGUGCUUUUAG